AUGAUCUUCAUAAAUGAUCCCUGUGAAAAUUUAAGUAACUUUGAAAAAAAUAAUGAUGUUGUAAGAGAACUUGAGUACGAAUUGUUUAAAAAAAUCGAAUAUUCACAUGGUCAUGGUAUUUUAUUGCGAAUUCAAGGAAUAAAAUGUGAACUGUUCGCCAGAGUUUAUAAGCACAGUGGAAAUAGAAGUGAGGAGUGUCCUGGUAAAGAUAUACAGAGGAAUAAUCGCAUUUACGAGUUGAAGGAUAACAUAUACUCUAUAAAGGAUUAUAGCUUGGUGAGCAGAAUGAAAGGAGCAAUAAUUAUUAGAACAACUGCAGUAGGCAUAAGUGGAAAUCACCUGGUAAAUAACAAAGAGUGUGCUUUUGAUGACGGCUUGAAUUUCUUCCUAACUGUCGUUGCUUUUAAUCUUUAUAAGCAAGUCAUGUGUACAAAUCAUUGUAAUGGCUAUCAUAAUGAUAGUAAUAAUAUAAAAAUUAGAAGCAACCCUGAGGAAAUACUUAGAAAAUCUUCCACUCUCUCUGAUCUGCAGCGUGAAUAUAUAAUUGUGAAUGUGUCUACUGUCAAAGAAACCCUACUCAUGAACACUUACCUAGUGAUUUUCAAAGUGAAGAGACCGCCAACUUUAAAUCAUAGAUAUGCAAAAUUCGAGGCAAAAUAUCCUGUAGAAGAACUCUUGAAAGUAUUGAAUAAAUCUCAUGAUGUGUGUGAAAAGCACAUUCCUAAUAUUUUUAAACGACGUAGAUCUGGGCGAAACUGCAGCAUGCUGUAUUUUCAUCGAAUAACACAUCUGAAGAUAACAUUGGUGUUUUCCUCUUUCCUAUCACCGUCACAAUGUUCUUUUAAUCUCUUCAAGAAUGGUUGUACUGCUUUGCAGAAUUACCGCAGUAUUACAAUUUCUAGGGGUUCUUAUGGAAGUACAAUUGGUUAUCUGUACCAACAGUUUUGUCAUGGUUGUGACUAUCAUGACAGUCAACAACAGUUUGAAAAUAGUAAUAAUAAUAAUAGUCGUUUUAAACAAAAAACGUCACGUAAAUCUAGAAAUCACAAGACAUCUGAAUCUGACGACAUUCCAGAUAAACUAAAUGUAGCCAACAAACAUACAACUAUGUAUGGUCCUGAUACUAGUAGCCAGUUGAUUGCUUCUGACAUGUCAAAGUAUCCGCUGAAGUCUUACAGGACCUCAAAUGAAGACUGUGAUUUUGUAUUAAGCUGUUCAAAAGAGUGCUUUCAGUCAAGUGAAUCGAACGCAGCCAGUUGUACACCUAGAACGCACGACGGUGAUGACUGUGGCGGUUGUGCUUUAGUAAACAUAAUGCAUACUGUAGAUCAGACUAGAAGAACACAGCCGUCAAGCUACAGACCACUAAACACAUUCGAUUGUGCGUGUAAUCAACAGCUACAGGCACAUCUAUCCAAUGAGCUGAGGAAGAAUCAUAACGAUAAACUGCAACAUUCAGAUAAUCAUAGUCCAGCGAUCACAUAUGUGGUAGUAGCCAUUGAUACCAGAGCAUGUCCAAAAUUUAAUGCAAUAGAGAAAGGAAAUGGUGGAAAGCACCAAAAUGCCAUCGAUUCAGGAAUGUAUAUCAGAGAGAAGAAAAAAAGAAAAAUUGCUUCAAGUUGUCCAACUAUUAGACCGACUGAUUGUAAGAAUGCUGGUGAAUGGGAAGCAUCAUCACUUCCAAAUAAUGAACAUUCGAUUUCUUCUGAAGGUAGUAGGCUAUCAGUGGAAAAGAAAGAUGGUCAUACACAUAGAGAAAAUACAAUUGGAGACUUACAAAGCUCGCCGAAGCCACGAAAACUUCCGAUGAUUGGUCUACAUCGACGUAAUUCAAGUAGGAAACGUCUUUCUGCAAAACAUGAUCAAAUAACACCGUCCAGCCAAUCUGCUGACUCACCACAGGAUGACUCCAUAAAAAUGAAAACAAAAGACAAGAAAAGCCGAAAACUCAAGUCGUCUAGUGGAAGCACACUCCAGCGGGUUCCCAGUAAAAUUAAUAAGGAUUCUAAGUUGUCUGCUGAACAAGAACAGCUAUCAAUGCCUGCAGACGACGAAGUAAAAACCCCAAAGAAGUCACCAGUAAUCCAGAAGCUUAAGAAGGCUUUUUCUUGUCGCCGUUCGUCAAGCAAAACUAAAGACAAGAAAGAUGAUACUCUGAAAUCAUCUACUUCAAAAGAGUCUACUCACAAAACUCCAUAUGUAGAGGUUAGUGACUCGAAACCAUCACAAUCCUCACAGAGACCCAGUGUGGAUAAAAUACAUUUUCAUCUAAAAAGAAAAGAAAUUAGUCACGAUGUUGUGAGCGAAGAAAGUAAUGUGGAAAAGGCUUCAAACAGGUCAUCAUUAGGAAGUCACAGCAGUGGAAUAAGUGGUACAGAAGAGUCAGACAAACACAAAAGGUUUGGACACCUCGUCACAGGCAAGAAGUCAUCACUUGGUAAGGAUAAUCAAAAGGAGCCAAGCGAAAAAUCUGCGCGUAAUUCUGACUCCUCAUCACCGUCACAAGAACCGAAACGUCGUACACGUAAAAAAAGUAAUCGAUUUUUCUCACAUUAUACCACAUCUCAAGAAGACCUGAAAAAAAAAGCAGUAGACAAGGAUAGUGGUGUGACGUUUAUCACUUCACAAAAUUCUCAGCAAUCUCCAUCACAAGAACAUGAACAUAUUAAAGAUAAAAAGCGACGUAAAAAAGACCUCUCACCUAAAUCGAACACCUCGAGUGGAUCUGAGAAGUCCACCCGUAAAUGUAGAAUGUUAUCGUGUGGAAGCAAAUCGCAUAGGGACUCGAGUGACGAUAUGAAUGCUAUGAGGACUUCAGAAACUCCACAGACACUUGAUCCACCACAGGAAAUUAAAGAACACGAGGUUGUGAAGAAUGGAAUCAGAAAGAAGCCAUCUCAUCGUAGUCCAUCUCGUGAAAGUAAAGAUAAGAAACGACGUAAACAGGACGUCUCACCUAAAUCGAACACCUCGAGUGGAUCUGAGAAGUCCACCCGUAAAUGUAGAAUGUUAUCGUGUGGAAGCAAAUCGCAUAGGGACUCGAGUGACGAUAUGAAUGCUAUGAGGACUUCAGAAACUCCACAGACACUUGAUCCACCACAGGAAAUUAAAGAACACGAGGUUGUGAAGAAUGGAAUCAGAAAGAAGCCAUCUCAUCGUAGUCCAUCUCGUGAAAGUAAAGAUAAGAAACGACGUAAACAGGACGUCUCACCUAAAUCGAACACCUCGAGUGGAUCUGAGAAGUCCACCCGUAAAUGUAGAAUGUUAUCGUGUGGAAGCAAAUCGCAUAGGGACUCGAGUGACGAUAUGAAUGCUAUGAGGACUUCAGAAACUCCACAGACACUUGAUCCACCACAGGAAAUUAAAGAACACGAGGUUGUGAAGAAUGGAAUCAGAAAGAAGCCAUCUCAUCGUAGUCCAUCUCGUGAAAGUAAAGAUAAGAAACGACGUAAACAGGACGUCUCACCUAAAUCGAACACCUCGAGUGGAUCUGAGAAGUCCACCCGUAAAUGUAGAAUGUUAUCGUGUGGAAGCAAAUCGCAUAGGGAUUCGAGUGACGAUAUGAAUGCUAUGAGGACUUCAGAAACUCCACAGACACUUGAUCCAUCACAGGAAAUGUUACCACAGGCGAAAAUGACUGUUAUGCACAUUUAUAAAACUAGUCCAGUACAGUCACCGAAACAAACCAAUCAAUACCCAUCGAAACAGCCAAUGCAAGGUUCGAUUAUAUCAGAAACGCAAAUCUUUUUACCAGGCGGCCUACCAGAAGAAUUUACAAUUGAAAGAACUUCGGUUGUUCCACUUGAGCCAGUGCUGACACUAACCCCUACACUUGUUAAGCAGCAUUCCGUUAUAUCUGAAAGUGAAAAAACAGACCAGAAUAAAAUUCCAUCUAUUUCUGAUAGUAACUUGAAAAUUUCAACUGCCACAAUGAUCACAGAAAACAUGAAUGAUGAUUAUGAUCAUGUUCACGAUAGCACUGGCAGUGGUGAAACAUUACCGAAUGCCAAUAAAAGCGGCAAAAGUAAGAAUUCUCUAUUCUGUUUUAAAAGAAAGAAAUCACCAUACAAGACUAAAGGCACAACGCCUACUGCUGAUAAUAAAAUUAAAAAACCUACACGCAACAAACGAGCUGGAUGCUGUUCGAAGCCUUCCAAUGAAGCUACAGUUUCAAAAGAUACAACAACCUCUAAACAUCAUCAAGCUAAAACGUCAAGCAAUUCGCCAAUAUCUUUCACAAAUAUCACUGAAAUCUCUCUGUCUAAAGAAGAUGAAGCAAAAAGGAAGGCAUUCAAGGCUGAAGACCUUGGUGUAAAUGAAACUGCAAUACAACACAGAGAUGCAGAAUCCCAUGAACCUGUGCAAACUAAAGUUGAGGAAGUCGAAAAGUUACCACUAGAAGAGUUUGUUCUGCCACAGGAGAAUUUCGACGAUUACGGAAAUACAGACCAAAGAGAAGAAGAGCGGCUAGAACAACAGCAGCAACAACAACAACAAAUGACUUCGGACGAUCUAGAACUCGUCGAAAGUAAAGAUGUAGAAUUCGACGAAAACCUGCCUAAAAUUCAGCCACAAGAUGAUAUCAACAAAUCAGCUUUGCCUGUUCUAACUGAUCAUAAUGAAAAUCCAGAAAACUAUCCAACAUCAACAGGUACUGAACAGUUUGCUAUACAAAAAUACCCCUGUGAAUGUACAUGUUGUCGAAAUCAUCUUUCUAUUACAUAUUGUUCUCCAUCAUUAUUACUCGAUGACUCCGACACAGCAAUGGAAGAAAAUAUCAUCCCGGGUACUUUAAAUUUAAGAAUAGUCAAAUCAGUUGAUAAUACUGAACACGUACUUGCAGAGAAUAAAAUUUCAUUGAAUACGCUAUUUCAACCAGAUAUUGAAACAUUGAGCGAAAUAGGUCCAGUGAAUGCAGUGUACAAUGCAACUGAACAGAAUACGCCAUCAAAUGAGCAGCCAGUAAACAAUUUCCCACCGAAUCAGACAACUGUUACAAGCUCUAAAACUGCCCAACAACAGUAUGAACUUCCAUCUGUUACACUAACUAUUAAAGCCUCUACAACUAGUCCACAAAAAUGUAAAUUUAAUGAAAGAAAUAAUUAUUGUAUGUGUGGUUGUUCUCUUGUUAACAAGAAUACAAAUAUGCAACGUGAACAAACAGUCGAGAAUUCGUCUGCAGAAUGUCGAACAGAUGAGGAAUUCUCGAAACAGAUUACUGAGUCUAAAGUACAAGUAUCACAGUCACAGUCACCAUCAUCGCCAUUGUCAAGAGAAUCACAGAGAUCACCGCCAACACCGCCAAGAUCAGAAACACCACUACCACCACCCCCAUUGUCGAUAUCAAAACAAUCUGAACUAUCGAAAUCAGUACAGACGAUGACAUCGACAACAGAUUUUAAAACUCCAGCAUUACUAAUACUGCCUGAAACAGAUAUGCAAAAGUCGAUAGAAUCAAUGCCAAGCGUAUCAUCAACAAAGAUAAUAACAACACAUAAACACACACCUCCUCCUGCAACAGCAUAUGAUCGAAUGGUGUGUAAUUGUUCUGUUAAAGCCAAUCACUGUCAUUGUUCGAGCAGAAUAUGCACUUUCAGUCAAAUAGAACAAAUGCACUAUCCGUACAACUGUAAGCCUUAUAAAUAUAUUCUUUGUCCUACACAUAAAAGCUUACAACAGUGUGAAUGUAUAAUUCUGUGUAAUGAUAACGGACUUAGUGUUAGUCGAAAGUAGUCAACAAAGUAUGCAUCAAAAGCAUUUUGAGGAUAUUCAUCAUGAUGCUAAGGCAUAUCAUUUCUUUUUCAAUUGUUUUCAUUAUCAGGAAGCUUUUUGGCUUACACCUCGC